AUGCUGCUUCCCCUUUUGAUCUACGCCGUCCCCGUCUUCUUCAUUCUCUAUGCUCUCAAAGAUUACUUCUCUUUGUCCUCAAUACCUGGGCCUUUCGUGGCACGUCUCACGAAUAUCUACCGCCUUCUUCUUGUCUACAACCGCAAUGCUCACGAGAAACAUCUUGUACUCCACAAGCAUUAUGGGAACCUUGUCCGACUGGGGCCAAAGUGCGUCUCCGUCUCAGGGUCGCAGACUUACAUUCCCCAGAUCUACGGGAUCGGCAAAGGCCUGGUGAAAUCCGACUUUUACAGUUGCUUCCAGAAUAUCGUGAACGGCCGUCGAGCAGCCAGCCUCGUGGCCAUGACAGACGAGAGCCAGCACGCGAAAUCGAAAAGGUUGAUCGCUCACGCAUAUUCUUUAAGCACACUGGUGGAGUAUGAAGAACUGGUGGACCGCACGACGGAUGUUUUUCUACACACUCUGGAGGAGCAAUUCGCCUGCGCUCCUACUUCGCAGGGACGGGUGCUUGACCUGGGCCGCUAUCUACAGUUCUUUGCUUUCGACGUCAUCGGAGAGCUCACCUUCAGUCGACGCUUGGGGUUCAUUGAGUCUGGCACCGAUGUGGGCAGCAUCAUCGAAGCCAUUGGAGCAAAUUUCUCCUAUUUCAGUGUCCUCGGUCAAAUGCCUUGGCUGGACGAGGCCGUGCUGGGAAAGAACCCUUUGUACGUGAAGUAUUUCCGGAAGAGCGUCAGUUCGCCGAUCCUGCUGUUUGCACAACGAUUGCUCAAGGAACGACUGGCGGACUUGGAGGAUGGUGGUGCGGAGAAGGAAGAUGAGCUGGACAAACCAGAUUUCCUAAGCCGAUUUUUGAAAACCAGGAAAGAGGGCACCGAAGGGGAAGAGACGUUGACGGAUGCCCAGAUUCUAUCGAAUCUAUUUAUGAAUAUCAAUGCCGGAAGCGACACAAUAGCCUCGACCCUGCGGGCCAUCUUCUAUCAUCUCCUCAAGAACCCCGACUCGCUCUCGCGCUUGACCACCGAACUGGAUUCAGCAGCAGCACUGAAGAAAAUCUCGAGCCCGUCGCCAACGUGGAUCGAGGCCCAGCAAAGCCUGCCCUACCUUUGUGCCGUGGUGAAAGAAGGCCUCAGGAUGAAUCCAGCUUUGUCCCUGCCUCUCGAGCGCGUCGUUCCAAAAGAAGGCCUCACCUUGCAACACGAAGACGGCACCCACACUUUUCUUCCAGGAGGCACUGUCGUCGGUAUAAACCCCUGGGUCUUCCACCGCAGCCCCCAUGUCUUCGGGUCAGACGCGGAGACCUGGAACCCAGGCCGUUGGCUUAGCGAUCAAGAAAGGGAGACCAAGAACAUGGAACACAGUCUCCUCUCGUUCGGCGCCGGGAAGAGAUCCUGCCUGGGCAAGAACAUUGCGAUGCUGGAGCUGCACAAGCUUGUUCCGGCGCUGCUCAUGAAGUUUAGGAUUGAGUUGAAUGACCCCAAGCGGGAAUGGGAAGUAAGUAAUGCUUGGGUCUUGAAUCAAACGGGUUUGAAUGUCAGGUUGGCACUAAGGUGA